AUCCGUUCCUUAUGUUUCUUUGAACAUAUGAGAUAGUGCUUUAUUGCAAAAUAACGAAUAUCUAGGCGAGUACAUACAUUCUUGCCCUUAUACCUUUGUACAGCAUUUUCAACAUUGCACUUUUAUGGCAUGAUUUUUUUAAUACAUGAUAACUGUUAAGAAGCAUUGAUCAGAACUGGGGUGGCUUUUAUCAAAUCAUUUUAGGUUUUGUUGUGCUACACCUAUCGAAGUUGGAACGGGACUUCGGACCCUUCGAACCAUCUUUACAAAUUUGACACAGAAAUACCGUGUAUUUAUUAAUCCUCUUUCCGUUAGUCACUCUUUCAAAAAUAAAUGAGCCACAGCCACAGUAAUCACCACGUGCAUGAGGAGACAGCUGAAAAUCCUGUUGAGUCAGAGCAAUUUCAUUUGUUAAAGAUCAUUACUGCAUUUGCUUACUAUAAGCGCCAUGCUCUUAACCAUAACCAUCGUCGAAGACGCGACUACUAUGCACUUCCUGAACAUCACAAAAAGCUUAUUCCGGAUUAUUUGGAGAAACUUCAACAAGUAGACCUAUGCAUCGAGAAAAAUAUGGAUUUCAUAAGAGAUAUCGUUAAAAGCUCCAGCAUGUUUUUAGACGCGCCCUUAGCACAACAGCAAGAAAAGUUAAAGAGCCAUCAGCAAAGCCAUCAAAAGCCUCCUGUUUCGCCAAUGGAUAUGGAUAAAGUACGAAGUACAUUGAAACAGUUUGUUAGAGACUGGGCAAAAAUAGGAGAAGCUGAACGUAAAGCAACCUAUGAUCCUAUCAUUGAAGAAUUGAAUACACUGUAUAAAGAUCUUCCAACGGAGAAAAGAGGUGAUGUUCGUGUUUUAGUACCAGGAGCAGGCUUGGGCAGAUUGGCUUUUGAUAUUGCAAGAUCAGGCUUUAGCUGCCAAGGCAAUGAAUUUUCUUACUUCAUGUUGUUCGCAUCACACUUCAUUUUAAAUAGAGUGAGAGAACAAGAGCAAUAUGAAAUAUAUCCUUUCAUCCACUCAUUUUCCAACAUCAAGUCGGAUCAAAAACAAUUAACACCCAUUAAGAUACCUGAUGUUGUGCCUGCCGAUUUACCCUCUACUGUCGACUUUUCAAUGGUGGCAGGCGAUUUUACAGAGAUCUAUAUACAGGACAGCAACAUUGGAGCGUGGGACGUCAUUGUGACAUGCUUUUUUAUGGACACAGCAAAGAAUAUCAUUGAAUACAUGGAAGUCAUACAUAAAGCUUUAAAACCCAAUGGCAAGUGGAUCAAUAUAGGACCUCUACUUUAUCAUUUUGAAGAUUCCAGCUCUGGUGACUCGUCAAUCGAAUUGAGCCUGGAGUCAGUAAAGAAAGUAGCUCAGGAUAUCGGAUUUGAGUUCGAAAAGGAAAAGAUGAUCUCAACCACGUACACAUCAAACCCUGAUGGCAUGCUGAAUUACGUAUACGAUUGUGCAUUCUGGACAGCACAGAAGAAAUAGAGAAUAAUGAAGUCGAUGUCAAGGAUAAAAUUAUGUAUUACGUUUAAACAGAGAUUUUAUUACAUAAUAUUAGUUUUUUAAAGCCCAAUGGACACGAGAUAUUAAGCUUAUCUAAAUUGCCCGGGGCAGCUCCAAA